UAAAAAAUUCAGCGCUCGUCAAUAAUGACGUCCGUUUGCCAAAGAAUCAUUCCAGCGUUCCUGAGGAAUCGUCUUUUAUGCAGCAGCUCUCGAUGCACAAAAGCUACCUUGCCCGACUCCAUGGAGCUGGCCACCGGUCUGGAGAAGCGCGAAUUACAAGCCAAAUUGGAUGGGAAUUAUAAUCCCUUCGAUUACGUCGUAAUACAACGCGAAAACGGCACGAAAAAUUGCCCCAUCGAAAUUCCAUCGGCCUUCGAGUGUCGCCUCGUAGGCUGCAUCUGCGAAGACCUAUCCACCAGCGUUAAUUACAUGUGGAUAUACAAGGGCAUACCUAAACGGUGCGAAUGCGGUUACUGGUUUAAAUUGAAAUUCAAAUGCGGCAUAUGAUUCCUUCAUUCGUUGUUUGUUAAAUUCGUU